CCUGCUUUCUGCCUUACUUCAAGUUGUCAAAGAACUGGGUUAACUUGGGCGUCCAAAUUUGCCGCCUUUAGUUGUUUAUAAUUGCGCUAUAAAAAUGCCUGGAACUCCUGCUGAUGAGCCCCGAGCCCCAACCCCCCGAUCCAACAUGUCGUCCCCGGCUCAGGAUCUGGACGAAUUUGAGGGCGAAGCCCUAUUGGGCGACAUAGGCGAUGCCAUGGAGGAGGAGGAAGGUGAAGAGCUCUUUGGGGACAACAUGGAAAACGACUACCGGGCGAUGCCCCAUUUGGAUCAAUACGACCAGCGCAACCUCGACAAUGAAGAUUACGAUGCCAUGACCAUUGAGGAUCGUCUGGCUGCUGAGGCUGAGCUGAGGCAAAGAGAUCGGGAGCUAGGAAUCCUCCGGAGAGACGAUCGGGAGCUGUUUUACGAUCGGGAAGAUGAUGAGGACCCCAGAAACAAACGGCGCCGAGCUGAAAAGGCCGCCACUGGCGAAAUGGAUGAUCAGGACAUGAUAGAGUCGAUUGAGAACCUGGAAGACACCAAAGGUUACACGAUUAAGGAAUGGGUGGUGAUGAUGGGGCCCCGCACUGAGAUAUCCAAUCGCUUUAAAAACUUUAUAAGGACCUACGUGAACAGCAGGGGUCAGUACGUCUACAAGGAGAAAAUCCGGAGAAUGUGCGAAAAUAAUCAGUCCAGCCUAAUAGUGGAAUUUCCCAAUCUGGCCAACAAGGAGCACGUGCUGGCUUAUUUCUUGCCGGAGGCCCCACUACAGAUGUUAGAGAUUUUCGACGAAGUCGCCAAAGACAUCGUCCUGUCCAUGUACCCCAGUUACGACCGGGUGACCAAUGAGAUCCACAUCCGGAUAUCGGAGCUGCCCCUCAUUGAGGAGCUGCGCACUUUCAGAAAAUUGCACGUAAAUCAACUGGUGAGAUCCUUGGGUGUCGUCACAGCUACAACUGGAGUCCUGCCGCAGCUCUCAGUAAUCAAGUUCGACUGCACUAAGUGCGGCUUCGUUUUGGGGCCUUUUAUUCAAACACAGGACGUCGAAGUGAACCCCACCUCAUGCCCAGAGUGUCAACGCGGUGGCCCCUUUUCUAUCAACAUGGAGGAGACGCUGUACAGGAACUACCAGAAGAUCACUCUUCAGGAGUCGCCAGGUCGGAUUCCCGCUGGACGGGUGCCUCGCUCCAAAGAUUGCAUCUUGUUGGCCGAUUUGUGCGAUCGCUGCAAGCCUGGAGAUGAAGUGGAUGUGACCGGAAUCUACACCUGCAGCUACGACGGCAGCCUUAACGUAGAUCACGGCUUUCCGGUGUUUUCGACAGUGAUACGAGCCAAUCACCUGGUGGUUAAGGAUUGCAAGCAAAUCGUCCAGUCGUUAACUGAUGAUGACAUCAGCGCCAUUAUCAAGAUGAGCAAAGACCAUAGGAUUGCUGAUCGGAUCAUCGCCUCCAUUGCGCCUUCCAUCUAUGGGCACGAUUACAUUAAGCGGGGUCUGACCCUUAGCCUAUUUGGGGGCGAAGCCAAGAACCCUGGACAAAAGCAUAAAGUUCGUGGCGACAUCAACGUGCUGAUAUGUGGUGACCCGGGAACCGCCAAGUCCCAGUUUCUGAAAUUCGUGGAGAAAAUCGCCCCCCGAGCGGUUUUUACCACUGGUCAAGGCGCCAGUGCCGUGGGGCUCACUGCUUAUGUGCGCCGCAACCCCACUACUCGAGAAUGGACCUUGGAGGCUGGUGCUUUGGUGCUGGCUGACCAAGGAGUCUGUUUGAUCGACGAAUUUGACAAGAUGAACGAUCAGGACCGGACUUCCAUCCACGAGGCAAUGGAACAGCAGUCAAUUUCCAUAUCAAAGGCCGGUAUUGUCACUAGUUUACAGGCCAGAUGCUCGGUGAUAGCGGCAGCCAAUCCUAUAGGCGGCCGCUACGAUGCCAGCAUGACUUUUACGGAAAAUGUGAACCUAUCAGACCCGAUCCUAUCCCGGUUCGAUAUCCUGUGCGUGGUUAAGGACGAAAUCGACCCGAUCCAGGACGAACAUUUGGCCAGGUUUGUGGUGGAUUCACACAUUCGCCACCACCCUUCCAACAAGGACCACAAGGACGAUGAUGCGGUGGAGAACGAGAUGCAAAUUCCGCAGGAGAUGCUCAAAAAGUACAUUGUCUAUGCCCGCGAAAACAUCCAUCCCAAGCUGCAGAAUAUGGACAGGGAUAAGGUGGCUAACAUCUACACCCAGUUGCGGCAGGAGUCUUUGGCCACUGGCAGUCUUCCCAUCACGGUGCGCCACAUCGAAAGCAUCAUCCGCAUGAGUGAGGCUCACGCUCGCAUCCACUUGCGCGAGUACGUACAAGAAGAGGACGUCAACAUGGCCAUCCGCAUGAUGCUGGAGAGUUUCGUGGAGACCCAGAAGUACAGCGUGAUGAAGUCAAUGAAGCAGGCCUUUCAACGGUACUUGUCCUUCAAAAAGGACCACAGUGAGCUGCUGUUUUACAUUCUGCGCCAGUUGGUGCGCGAUCAGUUGACCUUCCAACGCGCCACGAAUGAAUCUGAAGCGAUGGCGGUGGAGAUCGACGAAAAGGACCUGUUUGAUAAGGCAAAACAGAUCGAGAUUCACGACCUGAAGCCGUUCUUCCGCAGCAAGAUUUUCGAGAGCAACCACUUUUCGUACGACCCCAAGCGCAAGGUGAUUAUCCACACGGUACCCGAGUCCAUCAGGGACUGAUCCAGAGGGGCCGCCUCCUUGGGCACAUCACAUUUGCCGUUAGCGUCAAUAAACCCACAUUUUUUUUUUAACUUAGAGGGUUUAUUUACAUGGAAACGUACAAAAAUUGGGACCUUAAGGCUAUUAUUCUAGAUAUGUACAUUGAUUGGAAUAAAUAAUUGAACUAUA